GUUUAAUACACUCAGAGGCUGGAAGGCGACCUUACCGUCAGUAGCCUUAUUAGUUCGUUAUCCUUGGCAUUCUCUUGUCGCAGCAAGGCAUAGCAGGCUGGCCACAAUCAUGAAUUGCGCGACGUGUGGCGCGCAGAACAAGACCUUUACUAGAAUAAAUCGUCAAAAACGCGUCAUUUGCAAUUGUUCACGACUUUCCUAUGACAAGCAGUUCUCCCUACAGCAAAAUCGAGCUGGUUUGCGCUUGCAUUCGGGUGGUCGUAGAAGGCGAGUGGGAGGGGAAGGACAAGACAUGAGAGGACGCUCACGCGCACAGGCGUCUACACGUCUGUGGCGGAAGUGCCACUCAGUGCUCCAGUCGUUGAUUGGCUGCGCUACUGUGCGGAUUGUCUCCUGGUCUGAAGAUCAUUCUUUGCGCGGAGAAGAUGUACAACAAAGUGCGAUCACUUCACAGGUCAUCGUCUCAUCGAAUUAUAUCUUACACCCUAUCACAUCCGUUUGCCCAAGUAUAUAUAUACCACAGCAUUCCUCACACCUUCACGUAAUCCAUCCAUUCAACGCCCUCUCUUCCGCCUCGGGAGUCCGCGCCUGUGCGUCGACGAUGGUCUACUCUUCCGUGGCGCCGCCAGCGAGCACGCAGAACCCGAAGGGGGUGCUCGAUCCGUGCUUCUUCCUAUAUGAAUAGGAGAGGCAGCGUUGCACGUCUUCCUCAGAGCAACAUGCUAUCUCCAUCAAGUCGUGUUGGGUCGGCUGGCCAUCAUCAGCUGCGUUGUUGUGGAGUUCGACCUCGCCACCAAGGC